AGAAUUGGGGGGCAGGUAUCAAUGGGAGCUCUUAGCUUGUAGCCUGGACUUCAUUUCAGCAGAGAUUGAUGAAUCACUUUACUUUUCUUCAGAUUGUUUUAUAAAGUGGGAGUGGUUCGAGGGGCGUGCAUGGGAUUUUUAUCUGCUCUUAACACAGAAUCCUCAGUAAACAAUAUAUGUGGAAAUUGUUGGAGUGGGACCUAGGGACUUCAUUCUGCACCAUGAGAAUGGAUCAGGGACAGAAUGGAGACGAAGACACUACCCUGGAACUAGAAUCAGAGCCUGAAAGUCCUUUAGCACCGCCUGCAGAUCUGUUAGAGCCACUGGGUCAUUAUGAGUGGACUUUCCAAGAUCUUGGAAGAAAAAAAUUAGUUCCGCCUCCAGAGGUAAUGCAAAAGUUUAGCGAACAGAGAAACAACCCAGUGUUUCUGCAAUGCAGGAUCCCAAGAAUGACAGAUGACAUGGCCAGAAAUGCGCUCUUCAGCUUUGUCAAUUCCAAAUGUUGCUAUGGCAACAGAGCUGCAGGAGAGCUUGUCAUUCAGGAAAUGAAGCCGCAAACGUUGUACAGGUAUCGGCUGGAAACCUUUACUGAAACAAGAUUAUGUGGAUGGACUUUUGAGCCUUAUACCAAUAUUUUGGUAGAUGGGCCACAAAAUGGUGCAUCUCCUCAACCAUGGGAUAUUAAAGUCCAAGUUCCACAGAUGUUUCAGGAAGAUACAAAAAAGUUUCGCAUUCCUCACUCUUCUUUAGUAAAGGAAUGCCACAAGUGUCAUGGUCGUGGCCGAUACAAAUGCAGUGGGUGUCAUGGUGCCGGCAGAAUGAGGUGUGUGACAUGCAGUGGAGCCAGACAUAAAGCAAAAGCAAAACACCUGAAACAUCAAAAGCGAUGCCAGAUGUGUUCAGGUAGUGGACGUAAGAGGUGCAGCACCUGUUCUGGAAGAGGCAGCAAAACCUGCACGACGUGCCAUGGAGAGAAAAAAUUGCUACACUACAUCCAGCUAACAAUAACUUGGAAGAACAAUGUAUAUGAAUUCAUUUAUGAGAAUCAGUUGAACUUUCCCAGAGAACUACUCAGUAAAGUUACAGGAGAUAACAUAUUUAAAGAUGAGAAUGCUGUGGUGUACCCCCUUCUUGACUUCCCUUACCCUGAGAUCUCUCUGGCAUCUGAAAGAGCUAUUGCAGAGCACAGGGCCACAUUCACCAACACAUCCCGCAUUCUGCAACAGCGGCAGACGAUAGAGCUAAUUCCAGUCACUGAAGUCCACUACCAGUAUGCUGAGAAGACAUACAUGUAUUAUGUCUAUGGAAUGGAGAACAAGGUCCAUGCCCUGGACUAUCCAGAGAGGUAUUGCUGUGGCUGUACCAUCAUCUGACAGUGGGACACUUUGCAAGGAGGAUUCCUAGUACGAAGCAAGCUGUUCUUCUUGCUUAAUUAUCCAUGAGUGUCUGUGGGUGCAAAUCAAUUCAUCUUUUUACUCAUUUGUAGCCCCGUCUUAUUUUGCUUGCCCACAGUGGCCACCAAAAGACAUAGCGAUUAUUAUAACCUAAUUGUAUUUAUGCUACAGUUUCAGCCAUUAUUAAUACUGUUCCUCUUGGGAUCUAAGCUUCUGGUAAAUAUAUUGUAUAGAUGGAGAAAUUGGGUGGGGGAGUGAUGGAACUUGGAAGAACUCCAGGAAAAAAAAAUAUAUAUGUUGGAAUAAACUAUGGAGGUGAAAAAGCACUUAAACGGAAUACAGUGGGUAAAAAUAUAAGAGGGUGCUGGAUCAGGCCAAUGGUCUGGCUGACAAUGACCAACCAUAGGCCCUGGAAGCAGGAGCCAAGUGCAACAGCACUCUUUCCAUCUGUGAUUCCCAGCAACUGGUAUUCAAAGGCAUAUUGCCUGCAGUAAUGGAGGUAGACCAUAGCCAUCAUGACUGGUAUCCAUUGAGGGCUGUAUGAUCUUGGUGGUGUCCAAUUAAGUCAUACUCAGUAUAGGCCCAAUGAAACCAAGGGACUUAAGUCCACUGAUUUCAGUGGGUCUACUCAGACCUGUAUGCCAUCCGAUAUGUUGAUUGCAAGGAUUUGAAAUUUAGAUUCUUCCAUUUGAUUUGGGAUCACUGGUGGGCAAGGCCAAAGAAGUUUGCUAGAUCUUGCUCAGAUGCUUAUUAAAAUAUAUGGAAUUAUGUAGCACUUACCUUGGAGGGACUCAAAUGCAAGCUGGACUUUAAAAGAUGUUACCUUAGCAGAGUGCAUUACACUGUGUGGAAUAUAUUUUUGUAUGAGUAUAUUUGUAUUUUUUUGGUAUGAGUAUAUAUAUUUUUCUUAUGCUUCAAAUCACACUAGAUUAAUGGUCGGGCUACAGUACUGGGCAGAAUGGGAACAUCAUUAGGUCUACAUUUCAAAAAGUGAAAAUUCGGACACAAAAGUAGUUAAGCUU